UGCGAUGGCAGAUUCUGGUUUAUCAGAAAACUGCUCAUCACCGAGAGUGCGGAGACCUCGCGCCCUUCCUCGGUGUUCACGGAGCCUUACGCGCGCGCUAUUAACUAUAUGGAGACUCACAAUAUUCUUCAGAUCUUUCAGGACAUCACAGAGAAACUGGUUUUUGAUAGACCAGGUGAUCCACUUCAGUUCAUGUUAGAACAGGUACAAAUGAAGAUCAAAAUCCGUGAUGAGUCAAGUAACACUUUUGCGAAAUCAUAACGAAUUCUAAAGCAACAAGGGCUUUGCAACAAAUUGAAUACAAGUUUCUGCUUCUAUUUCUUUAAAUGAGGUGUAUUGGUUGCUGCAGGUCAUUCCGUGACUCUGCAUUGUUGUUUCCAAGCAACUGUCUUCAGGUUUUUAUUUAUUUAUUUAUUUUUAACAUCUCCAAAUGUAUCAUGUUUUACCGCAGUUUUUGGAAGACACUAUUUGCAUUCAUUCAGUCAAACAGCACUGAAAUCUGAAUAAUGCAGUUCGUGAGUGUCUUUGACAUAAAUAUCUCAAUGAACACACUCAAGUGGCAAGUUAAGGUGAAGAAAAACAGUAUUUAACAUAAGAGGAAUUACUGACUUCAGAGACACAGAAUAGAUGGAUUUGUACUCAUAAUUCUUAGAUUGUUAUUGUUUUUACGAAUUAACUGUGUAUAAGCUACUUCCAGCUUAUACAUUAUGCAAGUAUUCUCCAAAAUAAAUAAAUAAAUAAAAUGCUAGCCGGACAAAAGUAGCUGGCUUUUGCUCUGUACUCGAAUUUCCAUGGUGGCUUUUGGGUGCAUAAGUAAAGGAAGUCUUUGUUUAUAUAUUAGGCUCUUCAUAUACGGUGUAUUUCUAGCAAUCUACUGUACAUUUAGUCUAGAGCAACAUCUGGUGUUUCAAGACCGGUCUAUCACAUGCAGUCAUU